GGGGCAAAAGACACUCUCGCUACUUUUCUCCAACUUAUGCACGUGUGGGAAUAAAGUUUUGAGUCAGUUUCGAUAAAAUUGCUCAGGUUUUUCCUGACAUAGUUAGCAGCAUGAGUGAUUUAGACGAAGCAACCGUUAAAAAGCUCAAAGUUGCAGAGCUGAGAUCAGAAUUGCAAAAUCGGGGCUUAGAUACGAAGGGAAACAAACCGGUUCUUGUGGAACGAUUGCUCGAAGCGAUUUCCAACGUCGGUCAAAAAAAUGGCAAUUCGUUGGACGAGGAUGGUGCUAGUGCUGCGGAAGAAAGUGCCAUGGAACCACAAGGACAAGAGGAAGCUGACGAAAAAAAACAGGAGACUCAGAUGGAAGAAAAUGAGGAAAACACCGUCGAAGACGCGGAAUCGAAAGUUGAAGAACCGUUGCCCGUGGCCGAAAAUUCUUACGCCGAUCAAGCCUCUGAUCUGGAGACUGUAGACGUCCCAAUGGAAGAAAAGCCCACAGAGGAAAGUUCCGGAAAGCCUGCAGAAUCUGCGGAAGUACUUCAGAAAGAGGAAAGUGCAAUAGAAACUGAAAAAGAUGUUGCUCAGUCCGCAGAACCAAUGGAGACGGGUCAAGAAAGUGCUUCAACAUCCCAAACAACAGAAGGUACGAUUAAAGAAUUUCACGUUUGCAUAAUCAACAAGUUCUCUCAAAAUAUGAUUCGCUAUACUUUGCUACUUGGUAAUUUUGAAGUUGUCCUUAAAUCAUCGUUAUUACCCAACACCUAUGAUACAAUGUCAGUUGUUCCCCAUCUAUCAUAAGUCAACUAAUCAACUAAGAUCUCCAGUCUCUGUUCCCACGUUAGUCAAGUCUAUUCGAUAACAUCGCGUUUCUUUCAAUCAAAUAAAUUAUUCAUGAGGAACAACAUACGUGAUAGUAACGUAUUGGUUGAAAGAGAAAAGUUCUCUGAGAUCCAGAAAUGAAAGAGCUGAUCUAGUAUACUUCAAACUGAGACGAGUGCUGCUAGAUGGUAGAUGGUCAUCGCUCAGACCAUAUGAAGGUGGAGGUUUUCGUUCAGGGUUUGUUUUAGAAAUGCAAGGCACGAUUGUAUUUGAGAGUGUUAGGGUUUUAAGAGACACUGUCACAUGUAUAGUUAAUGACAGAACCACACUUUGUACUCGGUGUUCAUGUUCUUGCAGGAUCAUCUUUAAUCCUCAAUGCAGAGGGAAUGUGUCACAUUUAUAGUAUACGUUCCCAAAGAAUUGUUACAAUGAAAACACGGGUAGAAAUGUGUAGGAGUAAGGGAUGAAAAUGGUACCUCUCAAUAAUUCAAUGCAAUCAGGCCCUUCAUAAACAAGCAGUAUAGAAAAGCAGAGCUUGAAAUAAAAUUAAAUGUUGUUGAGUCCCUUUGGAAAGUAAUGGCAGAGGUACAAUUGUUAGUUGUGAAGUUUUUGCUUAUCAUUAAGGUAACCCUUUGCACCGUAACAUCAGUAUGCAUAUUCUCCAAACUGUUCUCCAUUCAUUUCCUAAGGAACUGACAAGGAGAACUUAUUUAAUAAUCAAGAGUUUUUGUAGCUUUUGACCAUUUCCUUUAUUUCAUGACUUUGUGAGGAAAAAUUAGAUGGUGGUCAGUCUUAAGGGUUAUAAGGUUGAGCUCAAAAGGCUGCUGAAUCUAGAUUUGAAUCAUUUUAUAAUUGCAAUGUACUGAAAUAAAUUUUUCAUGUGGUAUUUAGUCCCUUGAUAUGUUAAGCAUAGUCGCAAAAACCUUUGUUGUUUAGAUAAGUGUCAGAUUGGAGAAAGAUACCAACCUUUCUACCUUUCCAUGAGUGUUAGUAGUCAUUCUGAGGACCUACAUAAUCCCAAGCACAGUUCUUGUACAUUAUACUUUUGAACAAAUUUUCUUUUCAAUUUCAUUUUAUUGAAAUAAACAAAAGCUCUCAGGCAAUCAUUUAUACCAAUGGUUAGCAAUGAGAAAGUGUUGCAUAACUAUUUUCUACCAUGCUAACAACAAUAUACCAAUGCAAUCGCUAAUACAACAUAAAUGCACAGGUCUGUUAUUAAGGGUCAUAACCUGUAACAUCUGUUACAGCUGGGCUCACUCGAUGUUAAAAGAUGUUGAUUGUGGCCACCUUAUACUUCGCCUCAUAUCACACCGGUGCUGGUGAUAUUGGGUGAUAUCUCCAAUGUAACAGUUGGUUCAAACAUAAGAGACAAUCCUGUAUGCACAUACUGUUUAUGAAAGAUUAAAUGUCCAGAUUUAGGUUGCAUGAUGUGUUAACAAGCCUUUGUUUUGUAUCUGUUAUUCUACAGUUAUACAACAACUUUAAAUUAUUUGUAGAUUUGAUCAAUACAGGAGCUGAUAAGGGAAAUACCUUGUAAUAUGCUGAAUGAAAACAGUAGUAUUCUGAUUAAAAAAAAAACGUUAAGGCCUCUGGUUUAGUGGUGUCAAACAGAAAAUUAUGUUCUCUAAAUUGUAAUGAGCAACUUAAAAGUUUCAACUUAAAAUAUGUUAUAAACUGUAUUGUAAAAUUGAAAUUUUUUAUUUAAAUCUUUCACUUCCAAGAGUGACCAAAGAGGAAUUUGUCUUUUUGGUUUCAAUACAUUUUCCAACUCUGAAGGAUGAUGAAAAGGAAAAAAGAUAUUGUUGAGGGGAUAUUGUUUGAAUAAGCACUCAAAGCACAAAUUAGUAGAAAUUGAUGACAGAAAGUACUGAGAAAUUGUAUUUUUUUCUUGGGAAUGAAACGGUUAAAGAUGAAUCGUAGCAGUUAGAAGUUUGGUACCAUGAGCAUGAAGGAAUUGGUUUAGAAAGACAUAUAAGCCUAAUUCCAUAGUGGGAGAUGUAUCUGGGUAAAGUUCAAGAUAUGCAAGAUGAUGCCUAUUUUAAUGUUACUAUGGCUAGUUGUAUUUUUGCAUAUAUGUUAUUUAAGAAUUAAUAAACAGAGUCUAAAAUUUUUAAAUCCAGGUGGAAGUUCUCAUAGCCCCCUUAGUACAGUCUGCUUUUGAUUACCAAGAUUAUGUUUUGCAUGACUCUCUAAUCACUAAUUUUUUUUUUAUUUUUGGUAUGUCUUCAAAGCUGUUAGAAAAAUAUGAACUUCCCACUAAAUACCCUCAAAAUGCCAAUGUACCAACCAGUGGGACUCAACAUGUCACUUUCAGUUAUUUGUAAUUCAUUAAGAAUGCUGUAACACAUCAGGGUUAAACAUUCCAGGUGCAGCUUCAUGUAUGCCUUGUGCUUUGUGUUUACUUGUGUUGCGCCAACUUUGUUCAAACUCUAGGGACCACCCCACGUCAGAGCCACUCACUUGACAUGUGGGAAUGUUGUCUGGCAAGUCUCUUGGUGUUUAAGGUAGCGGUGACUCACUUCAGUUUCGCUCUACGUGUCAUUUUUAAGCAUUGGGAAACAAGACCUUUCCCAUUGAUGAGAAAACAGAAAAACUGCAAUUACAGCUUAAGGCUGUACAACAAGUGCAAUUAUCUGUUUGGUUUUGAGAAAUGCAGAGUGUCAAAUGAAGACCAAUUUACACUUUGUUGUGUAGUUUUUUAAGGAGAAGCUCUGCAGUGAGUAACUGCAUCUGAGGAUAGAUUCUGAAGAUGCAAGGUCUUAAUGACCUGGAUGCAUUUACUAUCAGUUACUUUUCGACCAUCAAAUAUGAAUCAAGGUUGCAUCUUCUAUUUGUGAGGGAAUGAUGGAUUCAUUGUGUGGAGAACAGACAGAAGAGGAACAUGGUGUACCACGCACAAAGCAUUGGAAUUGAUGAUAAAACCUGGCUAAAUUAGAUACUGUAGUUAACAUGUGUUAAUCCAUGGAGAUAUAGUCUUGUGGAGAGCUCCAUCCGACAAUGAAUGGUUGAUGGGAGUUGUAUGGAUUUAAGAGGACUCUAACACUGGAUAGUUCAACCUUAUGUUACUACUCGAAUCAGCAGUAGAUGUAGCAGCUAAUAGUAAUAUAGCAUAGUUAUAAGUCCCUUAUUCAUAAGGUAAACUUUGUAAUCUUUUUCAGGAGAGAAGGGAGAUACAGAGAAGGAUGCUGAUGAUGAUGUAGAGAUUUCCACCGAGGCCAGGUAAGGAAUUAAAGCUGGAGAGUCAACGGUGACAGUGCAGCUGAAAUGGUGUUUCCUUUCUCUGGAAACGUCAACAAUUCUAUUGGAAUCAGCUUGAUUACAAACUGAUCUCUGGAAUGACUAUCUGUGCUUAUGUCACCGCCAGGAGAAAGAUCAACCAUCGGCAAAGGCGUCUGCUAGAUGCAGAUCGCUCUGACCUCACAUCUGAGUUUUCUACAUUUUCAUUUUUCCCUCCAGUAGAGUUGAACCUGAGGAUGAAGAGAUUCCACUUGACGACACUUUAGUCGUCUUGGACAAAUGUAAGUGGAUGGGCCAAAAUGGCGAGUACAAUGUGUUACAUACACUUGUAAGAAUAAGAUUUUCAAGGAGCAUGUCAAAACCAAUUCACAACUGAGAACUAAUAUCGGAAAAGGUAUGGGUAUCUGUUUUAGCUUGUAGGAGUGCAUGGCCAGCAGAGUCAUGCACACUUAUGAGAAUUCUGUUCUCAAUUUUUUUUUGCAUUUGGUUGUGUUUUAGACAACAGCGACCUGCAUCUGAAAAUUGCAGCAGAUGGCUUGAGUGGAAAACCAUUGGAGGAUGAAGGGUUUUCAUAUCUGCUAGCUGGUGCAAGAGCAACCUGGGGUGUCACUACAGGCAAAGUUUGCUUUGAAUGCAAGGUAAAGGCGUGGACAAAAAGUCCAUGGGGAAGAGUGGGUGAACUGUAGACUGGGAAUUACUAGAUGAUAUAGGGAUUCAGGGGUUUUUAGGACAAGACAAUUCAACAGAAGUAGUGUUCGUUAAAAAUUAAAAGUGUACUUGUGGAAUAAUGAUUUAAGAAGUGCCUGUUUUGGUCACUAUAGUGACUUUAACAAAUUUGGCAACCAAACUUGCAGCUUCAGGAGCUAAAUUGACAACCUGUCUAGGCAAAGGUUAGCAUAUAAGUUAUGUCAGUGGGAAAGGCACUUCACUUCAAAACUAUUUCCCCAAAAGUAAGAGUAUGAAUGGUCAAUGAUGAACUGUCAGGCAAAUUGAAGGAAAUGUUUAAAGGGAUUAGCUGUGAAUAAGUAUCCCUUUGAAGGUAUUAGUGAGGGUCUUGUGGUGACAAUAUGUAGUGUGGCAGUAUUUGGGAAAUGGCUUUGGUGCAGCAGUAGGAGACCUUGAAAUUAAAGGUGUCUACACUAUAUAUACACCAUUGUCAUACAAGUGUUAUUUCUGUUUUCCUAGGUAACAGCGAUUGCUUCUGUCGAACUCCCUGAUGCUGAAGAUCCCAAGAAUGUGGUCAGAGUAGGCUGGUCAACUGAUUCUGCCAAUCUUCAGCUAGGUAACGCUUUUUUUGAAUUUCAAAUAAGUAAGAGGAGCUGGUGGGGUAAUUGUGAGUUUUUUCUUGGGUUUGGCAAUUUAUUCUAGAAAGAGAGUGAAUUUUAAAUGAAUAACUAUUGACCUAAGUGUACCCACCUUAACAUCAGUAUCCAUCUUCUCCAUACUGUUCUCUCUACAUUUCUUUUGGGACAGACUGGGAGAAUUUGUGUAAGAAUCAAGGUUCCUUAGGUUUGGGAUCAUUUCCUUUUUCUCACGAUCUAAGUGAGUCAUUUAGCAGUAUUACUUUGAGGAGAAACUGGAUGCUGGUCACUUGCGGGGUUUAAAGGGUGAAUGAUUUUAAAGAGUCUUGCCUUAUUAACAUCUUGUGGCCAGGCUUGAACUGUGAGCACUUAAAUAUUUGUAUUUCCUGAUACUGUUGUUAUCAUGGACAAGAUUUAAGUAAGGUGAUUAAUUUUGUUGAGAGAUAAUUUUUUUGGUCACAUCCCGUGCCAAUUUUUGUCAACUCAUAUUUCACAGCCUUUUAGCUCUUUUGCAAGGGUGAAGAGACAUUAAACUGUAACUUUAUUCCUGGAAUUUUUUUUUUCCUGUAGGAGAAGACAAGCUUUCAUAUGGGUAUGACUCAUCUGGCAAGAAGGCCACAGACUCAGAGUUUGCAGAAUAUGGGCAAACAUUUGGUGCUGAGGAUGUGAUUGGGUGUUAUUUGGUGAGUUAGACUGGUCAAUACACACAAGUGUUAGAAUAUCAUUUUGUGCUUUAGCAAGGAUUCCCAACAAUGUUGGUUGACAGUCUACUAAUGCUUGCAAGACCCAACCAGGAUUGAAGUAGCAAUCAGAUAAUGGGCUCAAGGUGUCCACCAUGUUAUAGUUGAUGAAAGCAAAACACUCAUUGGCUAUUAUGCUUACAUGAAGAUAUGGUUCAAAACUACAUGACAAGACUGGUUCUUUCUUUUUUAUUAUUAUAUUUUUAACCUUCUUCUCCUAAGAGAAAUAAGCUUCUAAUUUCUCCCAACAGUAUCACCCCUGAAUCAAAAACUAAGGUCACAAGAAUAAAGGAAAUAGUAAACUAAAGAAGCUCUCGAUUGUUAUACAAAUUCUCCUUGUCAGCACCUAAGGAAGCAUAAUAGAGAACAGUAUGGAGAAAUUGCAAACUGAUCUUAGGGUGUAAAGGGUUAACAAAUGUACACUUGCAGUGUAAGGCUACUUGCUAUUUUCCACAGAUUAGGACUAGUAACCUUGCUAAUCAGAUUUGGGCAUUCGUCACAGAAUGCUGUGGAUUUAUGCUACUAUUAAUCAACAUGCAACAUUUGUCUUUCAAACAAGUCUUAGAAGUCAGUUAGAAAAAUUGGUGAUAAACCAACAAGCUGAAAAUUUUUAGAGCUAUUUACUUACUUAUUUCUUUAUUUAGUAAUUUAUUUAUUUGUUCAUUUGUUUGUUUUAGGACUUGGAGAGUGAACCUAAGACAAUUUCCUUCAGCAAGAAUGGUGAAGACCUUGGAGAAGCUUAUGAACUGACUGAUGGUCUGGAAGACAAGGCCCUCUACCCUCAUGUCCUGAUUAAAAAUGCUGAGUUCAGUGUCAACUUUGGAUCUCAGGUAAAGGUCGUCAUCUUUUAAAUCUUUGAUCACUGGAAUGUUAAUUCAGGUGUCAACUUGGAUCUCAGUUAAAAGUUUGAGUAUUCUCACGACCUGUUUGCUGGAUAUUGUAUGGAUAUUAUAGGGAGAAUCUAAUUAUGGAUCACCUUUGUUUUUUUAAGGAGGAGCCUUGGUUCCCUGCCAAGGAGGGUUACACCUUCAUGCAGUCAGUUGGUGAAGAGCUCUUGGUUCAUGGCACAAGAGGACCCACAACUAAAAAGGAGUGCGAGGCAAGUCUUUGAUAACUGUGACAGAACUUCUCAGUGAUGAGCCUCCACUUAUACAUUUGAAUGUACACAAUGGAUUUUUCUGCACCUUUCAAUGACCUACAUCUGAGAAUAUUCCCUUGUUACUGCCCUUCUUAAAUAAAACUUUGUCUUGACACAUUGUUCUUGACUUGUAGGUGAUAAUGAUGGUAGGGUUACCUGGGUCAGGAAAGACAACAUGGGUGAACCAGCAAGUGAGUGAAAACCCAGACAAGAAAUACAAUGUGCUGGGCACAAACUCCAUCAUGGAGAAAAUGAAGGUAAAUGCAGUUGUUGAUACAGAACCAUGCUAACUCAAACUGCCCAGGGAAACAAAAAAAGGUUUGAAUUAGCAAGGGUUUGGGUUAGUUGAUGGCAAACAGCUGAAAAACCAGGGUCGAGGGAAACUGGAUCAAGCUUGAGGUACCCAGGGGUUGAAGUUCAUUGCGUUUGAGGUAGCAGGGUUCUGUUGUAUUAACCUGUUGGUCAGCUUGGAAGUAAACUUAGUGUAUAAUUUAGUAUCUUGUGGUUUACACUUAGCAGUUUUUUUUUGUAUUUCUUUCCUUUUUUUUCAAGUUCUCUCGUUUAAAAGAGCCUAUUUGUGACACUGUAUCUUGUGCAUAUGUGGUCAUCACUUGUAAUCUCUUUUAGUGUCCAUCCUUUUGAUGCUUGUUCCUACAUGUACUUGAAUCAUGUUUUUGUUGUUGUUGUUGUUUUUGUGGUUGUUUUUGUUUAAGGGGGUGUGGGGGCUCAUUAAAAGCCAGUUUUUGGCAUCUGCUUGCAAGCAUGCUCUUGUGUUUGGGUUCACCUUAAAGCCCGUUUUGGGCACAGCUGCCUAUCACACCACUGACAGCCACUUAUGGAAAAAGCUAUGGAAACCCCUGUACAAUAAGGUGGCUCUGCAUGAUGCUGAAAGAUGUUUGAAAAAGUUGUUGUUUUAGACCAAAAUCUUAUCUAAGCGGCCAUCCAUGUGAAGAGAAAACUUUAAGAAGUUUGAUAAGUUUUGAAAUUGACCUUUUGACUUGUUUUCAGAUUAUGGGUGUGGCCAGGAAAAGAGAUGUGGGAGGGUAUAGUAAGUUGAUGGACAAGGCUGCAAAAUGUCUGCACCGUUUAUUUGAGCUGGCAGCAAGUAAGAAGAGGAAUUAUAUUCUAGACCAGGUAAGAUUACUCCACACAAGAAGGUUAUUUUCUUACUACAAAAAUGUUAGAGGCUACUUACAUGUAGUUAGUGAACCUCCCCAGGCUGGUGUUAUAUCAGCUGGUAUUUUCUGGUAUUGAUUGUUUCCCUCAAAUUGAUGGUGAUUCUUGUCAUAUCCCAUAAUGAAUUACAUUGUGAUGACUUCCUUAACCUUUUAACCCCUAAGAGUGAUUAGCAUCCAAUUUCCUUUUACAAUAUCACAUUUUAAUCAAACAUUAAGGUCAUGAGAGUAAAGGAAAUGAUCACAAACUAAAGCAGUUCUUGAUUGUUAAACAAAUUCUCUUUGUCAGCAUCUUGGGCAAUGUAUAGUGAAUAGUAUGGAGAAUGUGGAUACUGAUGUUAGGGUGUAAAGGGUUAUUCACACACUGCUGCACACUUUAUUCACCCUUCCUUUCCUGUUUGACAGCAUUAUUUGUUACACAUCCUUUAGUAUUUUUUUGUUUUGUUCGCCAGACCAAUGUGUACUUGUCAGCCCAAAAGAAGAAGAUGAGGCCUUUUGAAGGAUUCAACAGAAAAGCUAUAGUUUGCAUUCCCACCCAAGAAGAUCUUAAAAAGAGGACAGAAGACAGAAAGAAGGAAGGCAUUGAGCUGCCUGAAAAUGCAGUUAGUGACAUGAAAAGUAUGUUAAUGAUCAUGUUUAUCCUCUUUCCUGUUUUCCAUAGCAACAAUGACUAGAAGUGUUCUUAAUACCCUUGGAUGGAAUGCCUGUGCCACAUUUUUUUUCCUAGAAGGAGAGGGGGAGGGGGGUGUGCAAAGUUCCUUAGCACCCACAUCUAUUCCCGUGUCAGGGCCAGGACUCAGACCCAGAACGACAAUUCAGUCAUUUGGUCACCAUUUCUUCAUCCAUCAAGAUAACCAUCUAAAACGCUUCUGGUACGUCCUGAGAACGAUGUAGGCUGAAAGAUGGGGUUUUAGUGGACACGGAAGCAGUGAAAAAGGGCAAGUUAAUUUAAAAAUUAAAAAAAUCGAUGUGAUACUUACUUUCAUCUAUUAUUAUUUUUCUUUACAGUGAGUUUCACUCUACCAAAAGUUGGCGAAUUUUUUGAUGAAGUUGUGUAUGCUGAUCAGCCUGAAAGCAAGGCGAAAAGUGUCGUUGAUGAAUACAUCAAAGAAGGUCGCUCUUACAGAAGCCGCUCAGGUGCAGGAUCAGAGCCACCUUACAAACGGUCACGAUUUGAAGACAGACCACGACAUGGUGGAGGAUACAACAGGGACAGAGGCUUUGAUGACCGCGGAAGUUACAGACGUGGAGGUGGAGGCGGAGGUGGAGGUUAUAACCAGAGAUUUGGAGGUCGCUCUUAUCACGGUCAUGGAGGGGGUGGUGGCUACCACCGAGGUGGACGAGGCGGAGGAGGAUACCAUGACAGGAGGGAUCAUCGUGGAGGAAGAGGUACUGUGCGGUUUUUUUUUUUAAUGCAUGCGUGAAAGUUUUAUCCGCCCAAUGUAUUUGCUGUGACUAUUUCUUGGCAAGGAAACGUUGAUAAUUAAUUGCGAGUGAAGAACUUAUGAAACGACAUGAGCAGCGAUGAACAAACAAGCACAGUUGAGGGACAACUGAUGCAGCUUGAGCAUUUGUUUUUGCUGCAGUUCCAAUUCUUACUGUAAUUAGCAUUGACCAUUCCACCAUUGGCUAGCUUUAUACAUGUACUUAUGACGUCUAUGAGUAUCAAUAUAUAUUGAUAUAAUAAGCUCAGUUAUGCACGCAUUCUGAUUGGUUCUCACUUAUGAUCUAUUGGAGGACAGACGUAUGGAUAAUUAAAACUUUUUUUUUAAUUCUUUAUUAUAUAAAACAAAUAGAUUCCAAUUUGACGUGCGUCUGUUCAGUAAUAGAUCACAGAGGACGUCAAACUGUGGCAAGAACAUCAGUGACACUCGGCUGCGCCUCGUCUGCCACUUUUUUGUUCUUACCACAUUUUGACGUCAUCUUUGAUCUAUUACUGAACAGACGUAUGGCAACUUGGAAUCUAUUUGUUAAAUAUAUACAUGCUCAUGUGCCAAUACAAGUAUGCCUAUUGUGUCUUGUACGCUUGCUUUACGGAUUUUACUCGUAACCACUGGAAGUGGGAGGGACACAAGGCUAGUGCAAGUGGUGUGCUAUCAUUUCUGAUAUUCUCAUGACCUAAAUGUUUGAUUCAGCUGUGAUGCUGUAAGAAGAAAUUAGAAUUUAAUCAGUCUUGGGAGUGGAAGGAUUCAGUAUUCAUUUUGUGCUUUUUUUUUUUUAUUUAAUUGUUUAUUAUUUUGUUUACAAGGUGGAGGUUAUGGAGGCGGAGGUUAUGGCGGUGGAGGGUUCCGCCAGCAGCAGUCGUCCUACCGUCAACACCAACAGUCAAAUCAACAACAGAGACCUCGCUACCAGCAGAAUUACAACCAGCAAAAUUACAACCAGCAGCAACAAGUUUCACAAGCUUCGUACACACCUCAGCAACAGCAACAGUACAACACCAACCAGGCCUACAACCAGUACUACAACUACAACCAGGGAUACCAAGCAAGCACAGGAUACCAACAGACCGGCUACGCUCAGCAGCAGCCGCAGCAACAACAACAGCAGCAGACGUACGGUCAGACGGCACAGCAACAGACCUACCAGAAUUACCAGAAUUAUUAUGCGGGAUAUCAGCAGCAGCAGCAACAACAGCAGCAGUAUGGAAGUUACGGCAGCGGAAGUGGGUACUAGGUGUGUGUUUGGGAUAGGCAAACCUUUGGUUAAAAGAUGGAUAUGGACAGUGUUUGUAAUCAUAUAUUAGCCACGUUGGCGCAGAUGCUUAAAUUAAAUCCGCUUUUUUUUUUUUCGUUUAAAAACUUUUUUUUUAAGGGGUGUUUGACACAGGGUUUAAAAAAUCUUGUGUCAUGUAAAUUCUUGCAGAUACCAAAUGUAGCUUAGGAAAGGAAACACUUUUGUCUCGCUUAUUACCUUAGUAUUAGGCUCGCUUUAAGCCGUGGAUGAUUUCUAUUUUAGGGUUGCCAAACUUGCCUGACGUCUACGUAUUGUAGUUUGAAGUGACGAUUGUCACACGUAACAUUUCACUAUUAGCUGUGGUCAAGACAUAUUAAUUUGUACACUUAGUACGAUUUCUUGCCGUGCGGUAUUUACAAAACACGCCUUGCUAAACCUCUCCAAAUAAGGUGCAGUGGUGCCUACUUUAAGACAUAACUAGCCAGUCUAAAUAGGCACUGUAUUUAAGCAUGUGCGAGUGAUUCCAGCACAAGCGAGCGAGGACUCGUGCGUGCAUUAUAUGGUGUGGCUAGUCUCUCGCGCGUGUUAUCCACGCUCUGAUGGUUCCCACAGAAAGAACUCCUGUACAAAACAAAAUCGUUCGACUGUGUAGUCGAUUUUCUUAACUUAAUUAAUGUCAUGUUUCACAAAAAUUAGGGACAAUUUCGUCUGGUUGGUCAGUUCUCGCUUAUUAGGUUGAUAAGGCUAACAGUGCUCUGUGGUAUGUCCUUGCAUGACCUAAAUUGGGGGACUUACCGAACGAGCAUAUGUGCUCGAACACGAAGUCACCGACCAUCAAUUGAUACCUUUGUACGUGCAUUUUCAAAUAGAACCUGUGCACCAGAGCACCUACUGUUAGUGUGUGUGAGACACGAAUUUCGUUAUUUUUAGCAAGCU